GUCCAUCUGUACCUUGACCAGAAUAGAUAUUUCCUUCACUUUGCAUGCCUCUUUUCAUGCAAGAAGCCUGACUUUAGCUUACUUCAAAUGAAUUAAUCUUUGCAUAUGCUAGUGGCUUGUGUCAGACUAGAUUUAUUAUGUGCUUAUCUUUUCUGGMUAUUUAAGAUCUACGUCAUCCUGUUGAUGAGAUUUUCCCAGCAAGCUGUAAACCAGUCAGACCAAGCAUGCAGCCACUUAGUUGGGAGAAUUCGUGUGGGAUGAGUCAGUCCCGCRCUGUAUCUGCAGCCUGCGCCGGUUCCUGAUGGGGAAGUGACUCCAGUGCCCGACUGUCUCCGGUUCAUGCAGUCCAGAAUAUGGUGAGCUGCUAAUAUGUUAGAUUGGGAUAUUAUUUUCUUUCAAAGAUGAGUCUCCUAUGGUUAGCAUUGAAGAUAAUAGCUGUUAUUCUGCACAGAUCACUGUGUUCUUUCUGUAGUGARCAGCAAUACCACCAACAGCAAACUGUAAUGGCAAUGAAGAGCUUUUUGUGGUCUUUACAAGAAAGCAGCRCCACUCAGCCAGCAGAAAGCAAAUAAGUGCCAAGAGCAGACUUCUAYCCAGCAUGAAGGGUCAAAGCUCAACCCGUCUAGAAAAUGGAAAACCAGUUGUAAAUGUGCCUCAGAAUUAGGGAAAACAGUACCUGUGCUGCAUACCUGUGUGGAUUUGAGACCCCAGUAAGGAUGCAACUGUGCUGUGAAUCUGUAAAUGGCUCUUGCAUCAGGAGCAGCUGGUCAAACAGCGUCCGUGUUUCCAUGUACAUCUUCAUGGUUUGCGUUAUUCUGGCCACGGUGGUUGGAAAUUUGACAGUUAUCAUCUCAAUAUCACAUUUCAAGCAGCUCCAUACGCCUACUAAUUUCCUGAUACUUUCAAUGGCUACCGUAGAUUUCCUGCUGGGAUUCUUCAUCAUGCCUUGCAGUAUGGUGCGCUCUGUUGAGCACUGUUGGUAUUUUGGGGAGUUCUUCUGCAAGAUCCACACAAGCACGGACAUUAUGCUGAGCACGGCUUCUAUCUUCCAUCUUUCCUUCAUAUCCAUCGACCGUUACUAUGCUGUGUGUGACCCCUUGAGAUACAAAUCAAAGAUAAACACUUUUGUCAUCGUGGUCAUGGUGUUCGUAAGCUGGAUGGUUCCUGCUGCUUUUGCUUUUGGGAUGAUCUUUCUAGACCUAAACUUGAGAGGGGCAGAAAAGAUUUAUAAUCACGUCCACUGUGCGGGUGGAUGCUUUCUCAUUUUUAGCGAAAUUUCAGGUAUUGUGGCCUCYGUAGUGUCUUUUUACAUCCCUGGACUUGUUAUGCUGUACAUCUAUAGGAAAAUAUACUCUGUAGCAAAGAAACAGGCAAGAUCCAUCGAUGCAAUYAGCAAAAAAAAGAUGCAAUUUGAAAUGAAGCACCACAUUUCAUUCUGCAGGGAAAGGAAAGCUGCUAAGACUUUAGGCAUAAUAAUGGGAGUGUUUCUCAUCUGCUGGACUCCAUUCUUCUUCUUCACAGCUACCAAUCCAUUCAUGAAUUAUGUGAUACCACCUGUUCUCCUYGAUGCUUUGGUUUGGUUUGGCUAUUUAAAUUCUACACUUAACCCAAUUGUUUAUGCAUUUUUUUACAUGUGGUUUCGCAGGGCAUUGAAGAUUAUUGUUUUUGGAAAAGUGUUUCAACAGGACUCUUCCAGRACUCAUUUGUUUUCAAAUUAACAUGUUUUAAAUGGUUGGACUCAUGGCUUUGAACUUUUGCCUGGAGGCUGAACUCCCAGGUAAGAGUGUAAAGGCAGGAAACACCUAUUUSUUUGCCUAUUUGCCAAAUGUAGCUCAAGCAGACAAGCAACUGUUUUGCUUUAUGUAUUCUUUCAUUCCAGAUUGGGAUAUGUAUGUGGUAUUUUGAUGAUAUCUAUUUAUUUGCAAUGUACAGAAGAGCAAGGCUUCAGUUUAAGAAAAGCUUACAGCAGUUUAUAUCCCUGAUCUUAAUAAAUAAAAAAACUAUUCUGUUACAACAGAUUAAUUUCUUGAACAMGGUUUAUAUGUAUUUGUUUUCAUUUGUGUUCUUGUUCUGCCGAUUGACGGAGGUGAUUUAUAGAGCACAGACACCAAUGGAAAGAACGGUGUUAUUUUACUAUGAAWAUUAAGGCAACACRAAAGUAAAAUGAURYAUCCAAUAAAACUACAUGCUUGGCUUUAGCAACAAGCAAAAACAAGAGGGGUAAAUCACCUAAUCAUUACUGUGCAAGAGACAGGAUAGUGAUUGAGAAAAACACRUCACCARUUGCCAAAAUACUUUACCAUCAUCCAGAGCCUGCAAUUGCYUGGGRGCUCUGUUUCGCAGUGAGGACAUGGAGAACCCUUUCCCACCCAUASGUGAGGUCACCAAAUUCAYCCCAGAAGUGGGUCCAGCUUUUAUAGUCCCAAAUCAUCAAGUUCAAGUGACUUGAUUAYAUUUUUAKCACAGAAACACCUGGAUCUGGUGGCACAUUUCCUGACCAGCCACAGCCAGGGCUUGGCCAGAGCCCAGACCUUGACUGGGAGGGUUUUCYCUAAAAUACCCUACAAMURAGCC